UUAUUUUGAGUUACCGACGCCAAGACUAUAUAAUCUACGGGCGGUAGCUGUGAGCGGUCACUCGCAGUGCGUUAGCGUUAGCAGUCCCUUUAUUUCAUUCGAACGAGUAAAAUAACACACUAUCAGCCAUGUGUGACGAUGAUGUUGCUGCGUUGGUCGUAGACAAUGGAUCCGGUAUGUGCAAAGCCGGAUUCGCCGGAGACGACGCCCCAAGGGCCGUCUUCCCCUCGAUCGUAGGUCGCCCCAGGCAUCAGGGUGUGAUGGUCGGUAUGGGUCAGAAGGACUCGUAUGUAGGUGAUGAAGCCCAGAGCAAAAGAGGUAUCCUCACCCUGAAAUACCCCAUUGAACACGGUAUCAUUACCAACUGGGACGACAUGGAAAAGAUCUGGCAUCACACCUUCUACAAUGAAUUGCGUGUUGCACCUGAGGAACAUCCAGUCCUCUUGACCGAGGCUCCUCUCAAUCCCAAAGCCAAUCGUGAAAAGAUGACCCAAAUCAUGUUCGAAACCUUCAACACCCCAGCCAUGUACGUCGCCAUCCAGGCCGUACUCUCCCUUUACGCUUCCGGUCGUACCACCGGUAUCGUCUUGGACUCUGGAGAUGGUGUAUCCCACACAGUACCCAUCUAUGAAGGUUACGCUUUGCCCCAUGCCAUCCUCCGUUUGGACUUGGCUGGCCGUGACUUGACCGACUACUUGAUGAAAAUCUUGACCGAAAGAGGCUACUCCUUCACAACCACCGCUGAAAGAGAAAUCGUUAGGGACAUCAAGGAAAAACUUUGCUAUGUUGCUUUGGACUUCGAACAAGAAAUGGCCACCGCCGCUGCCUCGACCUCUUUGGAGAAGAGCUACGAAUUGCCUGAUGGACAGGUCAUCACCAUUGGUAACGAAAGAUUCCGUUGCCCUGAAGCUCUCUUCCAACCUUCCUUCUUGGGUAUGGAAUCCUGCGGUAUCCACGAAACCGUCUACAACUCCAUCAUGAAGUGCGACGUCGACAUCCGUAAGGACUUGUACGCCAACACUGUACUCUCUGGUGGUACCACAAUGUACCCUGGUAUUGCUGACCGUAUGCAAAAGGAAAUCACCGCUCUUGCUCCAUCCACCAUCAAGAUCAAGAUUAUCGCACCCCCAGAAAGGAAAUACUCCGUAUGGAUCGGUGGAUCUAUCUUGGCUUCUCUCUCCACUUUCCAACAGAUGUGGAUCUCGAAGCAAGAAUACGACGAAUCCGGCCCUGGAAUUGUCCACCGCAAGUGCUUCUAAACAGUACCGGGACUGUUCAUUAUUUAUUAUCAUCACUACUGUUGUAUUAUUACUUUACCAACUGUAUCAUUAUUAUCCAUCAGCAAAAAAAAAAAAGAAAA